UGAUGCAAAUUCGACGGUCAAGCCUGUUAGUCCCACCUUUUUGUGUUUCCCGCACCGUCAAUCAAAAUAGAAAAAAAUCGACCAGAAUUCACCGAUCAACACUAGCCCGCCUUUGAUAAAAUAAUCAUGUUUGGAGUUUAGUUUAUCAGACAAUCCUCCCGGUUACUACCACUCACGCUAUGCCUGGUACGUAAACCAUUACGGCAUCGAAGCGUGCAACUAAUCGGUGAGUUUGUGCAACCUACAGCGAAGCAAGCUGCGUCUUUUUAUCUUUUGCUCUGCUGCUAACUAGCUAGAUAUGGUUAGCUAACUGAGCUAGCUGGCUAGCCACGGAGUUGACAAAGUAAACAGUCAAUCUGGACCGAAAUCGCCACAGAAUUUGCGCUGCAAAGUUGGAUUUCGCAGUCAGCUCCUUUUGGACUGGAGAGUGGGGAUGCUUUGCGGGCUUUUCUGGCAGGCAGGAGUUGAAGAUUAUAGAGUUUUGCUGAGUUUCCCCCUCUCUCUCGGCUAGCGCCAGAGCAGCCUCUGAAACAAGGAGAAAUGGCGUCCGCGGACGUGGACAGCAGUCAAAGCGAGUUUCUGCAACCCGGCGGCGCUACGGAAACACAGACGACAGAUAUGUCAGCCAUUCAGUUGACGGGUUCAGACCGGUGGGAGGUGUUGACUCCUGUCUCAUCUGGGAAGGAAGACCAGGGAAUCCUUCACAUUCCAAACUCUGGGAUUGUCACGUCCAACGGGCAGUACGUGCUCCAAAACCAGCCCAUUUAUGUUACAGCAUCUGGGAAUGAUGCUGCAGCCAAUGGAGUGUCAGGCAUUCAGUAUCAGGUCAUCCCACACCAAAUCCAAAAUGCAGAUGGGACUCUAGCAGGAUUCACACAGGGAUUGGAUGAUGGCACGGGGCAGAUCCAUCUCCUCCAAGAUGGCGGCCAUGGCAGCAUUGGAAUCAGCUGUGCCACAACGACGACCACAGACCUCCUGACGCAGGCGGGGCAUUUACAGUCAAUCCAAGGUGUCUCGCUGGCUGGGGGGUCGGCAUACACCAGCUCAGUAGGGCUUCCCGGCAACAUAACGUUCGUCCCUAUAAACAGUGUGGAUCUGGAGUCUCUAGGGCUGACCGGAGCGCACACGGUCCCCAUCGCCACAGGGGUAACAGCUGAAGGUCAGCUGAUCAUGGGCGGCCAGACGCUGGACAAUCAGGGUCAUGACGCUGGCGUCAAGCAGUCUCUGUUGACUGUGAGCGGCGGCAACCAACAACUCUACGUGCCAACCACCACUUCCUCCUCCAACCCGUCCCAUCUUCCGGAGACCAUCGACGGCACCGGGGUUCUGACCCAAGCGACUGCCGUGUCUGCAGGCGUGUCCGAUCCCUCCUCAGAGAACUUCAACUCCCACAACCACAUGCAGCAAAUCCAGGUCUCUAACGCCACCAGUCUCUCGCAGCCCAUCCUGCAGCUGUCUGGGGACAGUCAGGUGCAGGUGGCUCAGGGUCAGGACCUGAAUGCAGCAGGACAGACUCUACAGAGUGUGCAGCUGGUCAACCCGGGGACCUUUCUCAUCCAGGCCCAGACUGUCACCGCUACUGGACAGAUUCAAUGGCAGACCUUCCAGGUUCAGGGCGUCCAGUCACUCCAAGGCCUCCAGCUGCCCCAGGGGCAGGGGCAGGCCCAGCAGCUGACCUUAGCCCCGGUCCACACCCUCCCUCUGGGCCAGUCAGGCCAUGUCAGCCUGCCCAACCUCCAGACAGUCACGGUGAACUCUAUUUCACAAAGUGGAGUUCAGUACACACAGGGGGAGGACACAAACAGUCCAGCUGGUAUCCACAUAAAGGAGGAGCCGGACUCGGAGGAGUGGCAGCUGAGCGGAGACUCCACCCUGAACCCCAGCGAUCUGGACAACCUGCGUGUUCAGCUGGGAGAUGAGGACAUGGACACGCAGGGCGGGGAGGGCAAGAGGCUCCGCAGAGUAGCCUGCACCUGCCCCAACUGCAAAGAGUCUGGCGGAAGAGGAUCAGGCAUGGGGAAGAAGAAGCAGCAUAUUUGCCACAUUGUCGGCUGCGGGAAGGUUUACGGGAAGACGUCUCACCUCCGAGCUCACCUGCGCUGGCACAGCGGAGAGAGACCCUUCGUCUGCAACUGGAUGUUCUGCGGGAAGAGGUUCACCAGGAGCGACGAGCUGCAAAGACACAGGAGGACACACACAGGAGAGAAGAAGUUUGUGUGCACGGAGUGCUCCAAGAGGUUCAUGCGGAGCGACCACCUGGCCAAGCACAUAAAGACUCACCAGAAUAAAAAAGGCGGGAUUCCCUCCACGUCUCCGCCCACCACCGACGCCAUCAUCACGGCAGACGGAACCACGCUCAUCCUCCAGACCGCCACCCACGACCUCGUAGCCAAUCAGGAGAUCCCUUUGCAGCUGGUUACCGUGGCGUCCGGUGAGGUUAUGGAAUGAGGGGGUGAAUGGGGUGAGGUGGUUUUUCGAGAACUGGCCUAUCACAGGGACCUCUUGGGCUUUUCUCUUUCCCCUCUUACCUUUUUUUUUUUUGUUUGUUUUUUACAUAUGAAUAUAUACGUAAAUAUAUAUGACAAAUAUA